GUGGCCGUUCCGUGUUUGGAAUCCCCCCCCACUGAAGGAAAGGAAGCUGGGUGAGCAUUUUGGGAGUUGACCUCUGACCCAUUUGCUGCCCAAAUGGCUCAUUUAGAUGCUUAAAACCAUUUUUUCCCACAUUUGUUCUCUUGUCAACAGGCUUGGCUUGCAGGAAGAAACCUGAGACUUGAGUAACAGCCUGCAAGGAGAACCAACUUGACACUGAACCUUUGGGCAUCUCUGAGAGGAAGGCAAUGCACAGCCAGCCCCAGGGGUUUGAUCCAACAACCUGCGAGUAACAUAGCCACCGCCGUACCCCUUUCCCGCAUCUCCCCCAGAUCAGAUCCAGGAGCUCGGACAGGAAUCUGGAGAGGUUGGCCAGGCGGAAGGAGGAAGCCUAGACGGUGUCGCACAUCGGCCUCUUGCCCAAGAUGUCCACAGUCAGCUUCGACGACUUCUCAGGGCCCUGCUCCGAGCUGGCCCUGCCGCCCCUCUUUGGCGGCAACAUCCUGGAGAGCGAGCUGGAGCAGGAGGUGGAGUUUGCGGACGCGGGGCUGAAUGGCGACACCACAGAGGAAGAAGGGGCAGCGAGGCAACGCGAGCUGUAUCGAAAGAAGUACCACGCACUACAGCGAAGGUGCAAGGAAAUUGAGACGGUAAACGAAAAGCUCUUGAACAGACUAAAAAAUGUGAGGAAGAUAACGCAGAGGUUAAAGAAGGAACGAAGGUUCCUGAUGAAGUGUCUUGACUCUCAUGGUGAUUCCUAUCGAACAGCCCAGCUGACCAUACUGCUCGAGGACGAGGGCAGCCGAGGAGGCGAGGAGACACUGUUGGACAACCCUCCGAGCAACCAGCUCCCAGAGGGAGAGGAAGCCCCAGUGGCCAAACACAGCUCACAGGGAUCGGACAGUCCUACACCGAGUGAGGGGGGCUCUCACAAGAGGAAGAGGGCAAAGGAAGAGAGAGAGGGCCCAACCAACAAGAGGCAUUUGACUUCCUUCUAUAAAUUUGGCCGUGACCUCCCCAAACAGGAUUCCAGUGAUGAGGAACUGUCACCCCGGGAAGGGAGCGAGCCCCUCUCCCGUCCCUGGAACACUGAGAGCCCGGAAGGGAAGGUUGUGUACGGAGAAUUCUCCAGCCCUGCUGUCUACCCUGAGUUUGACUGAAGCCCUCAAUCCUGGGCUUGGAGACAACCGAGGAAGAGGGCUGGUGGCUGGCUAGGGACUUGCAGUCAGAGGCAGGCCAGUUCAAAGAACCUGACCCCCCCACCCUCCAAUCGCUCCAGGGCCCACCCCCUCAGGUCCCUGGCCACACGUUUUGUGUCACCGUCAGCAGCGCCAUUUAAAUAAAGCAGCAACAUUUUAAUAUUAAGGAGGAUCUUCAUUCUAGUAGUAUUUGCCUGAGGGAGCACUGCACUGUGGGAGGAGCAUUGAGGGAGGCACUGCAUUAUAGAAGGGGCAGUAAGGGGGUUACCACAGUAUGGGAGGGGCAGUGAGUGGGUGCUGUACUAUGGGAGGGCAAGUGAGGAGGCACCACACUAUGGGAGAGACGGUGAGGUGUAUCAGAUUGUAAUAUUGAACAGUGCAGAGUUUAUCAGAA